ACGAGGGGUAUCGCUCUGUUGAGCGCGGCAUCUUCGUCCUUUUCACUCCUCGCAGAAUAUGAACCCGUUCAGGAUGAAGAGGAUGGGCGCGCUCUACGCCAGCCUGAGGGCUUCCAUCAUGAAGUCCAAGAUAGCAGACUCGCUGGAACUCAACGGCUGCACGCCAACCCUGCUCUAUGAUCUGGAGCGCCAGGAUCUCAAUCUCUCCCCCGAAGCCCUGCCUUCAUCACCCAAUACCACCGGCAAUGGCAACCCCACGGCCUUCCUCGACGGCCUGCGUGGAAUUGCCGCCGUGUUCGUCUUCAUCCAGCACUUCAUCGGCUCCUACGAUUACAAUGUCCACGAGCACGGCUUCGGCGAGAACGGCAACUACUACAUCGCCAGUAUGCCCUUCGUGCGCAUCCUGUUCAGCGGCGGCAGCGCGGCCGUCGCCAUCUUCUUCGUUCUGUCGGGAUAUGUCCUAAGCAAGUCCCCCAUCCGACUUCUUCGACAGGGAAAACGCUCGGAAUGCGCCAGGAGUCUCGUGUCGGCCACCAUCCGCAGGCCCUUCCGGUUGUAUCUGCCCACGCUGGCAGUAACCCUCCUUGUGGCUCUGCUCAUGCACGCUCCAUUCGGCAUCAUGCGGGAGCAGCCGUGGCCUCAACCUCGCGAGACCCUCUGGGACGAACUGGUUACUUGGCUUUGCGACUCGGCAGCCUUCUUCAACCCCUUCCGCCGCCAUUCCAACCUCGUCUGGUUUCGCUACAGCAUGGUGGCAUGGACCAUCCCCGUCGAGCUCGUGGGCUCGUGGUUUGUCUAUCUCCUCAUGGCCAUCCUGGCCUUCAGCGGGCUCUGGCUCUCUCUGUCCCUGUGCCUGCUGAGCAUUACGGCCAUCCUGCUCCUCCACAACGGUCAAUGGGAUCUGGCCUGUUUCACGGCCGGUCUGAUCCUCGCACACUUUGACGUCUACUCGCUGGAUAUCGCAUAUCUUGCUCAGCACCUGACGCGUCGGCCGAGGUUGAUUUUCUGGAAUGUUACGUUCGUCGUCGGGUACUACCUUCUCUGCGAGCCGGCCCAUAACGGUCACGUCGAGUACUCGCUAGAUACGCCGGGCUGGCAUUAUCUGACGCUGCUCAUCCCGUCUUGCUACGAUCAGGAUCGGUACUACCGAUUCUGGCAUUCAUGGGGCGCCUUUCUGCUUGUCUACGCUAUCCUACGUCUCCACUGGCUGCGGGCCAUCUUCAACACCAAACCCAUGCAGUAUGUCGGGAAGGUGAGUUUCAUGCUGUAUCUGAUCCAUCUCCCAAUGUUUGCCAUUGUCGGAGACCGUAUCGGGAAGAUGCUCGGCCAGGAUAAUCUCGCUGCAGAGCCGUGGUGGGAGAACAGAUUGUACAUCCCUGACAUCGGUCCAACUGCCAUGAGCACGCGCUUUCUACUGUGUCUGUCUCUCGUACUGUCAAUAUGUCUCGCUGUGGCAGAUCUGGGGAGGAAGCUGUUCGAUGUCCCAAGUGUGAGGGCUGGGAAGUGGAUCUCUCAGAAACUGGGUGUGCCGUAGAUAGAAUACCUCGUUAUGACUUCUACAGCUUAAUGAAGCUCUGAUAUACAGCCAUUUGACCACUGCAGACAUCAAUGCAAGUUCU